UCCGAACCGUAAUUCUUCUUUGACAGAUGGGGCUUGGGGAUCCUGCAUGUCGCGUAAAGAACAACCCUCUACGGGAGCGCUGUUCGAUUCUUGCACAUGCGCCUGCGAGUCCGAGUUCACCACCAUCAUCAUCAUGUAACACACCUGCACCCAUCAACCCAGAACACCAGCAGUCGACCACGCGAAGAUCGCGACCUGGACGACGUCUCCGAUGGUCUGUGCGCACUGUGGGGAGGGAGGCAGAAAGUCGCCCACCAUUCCCCGUCAUCACGGCCCGGCGGCCCUCAUCUCCUCAGGAAAGAUACCGUACCGUCCACACUCAUUCCAGGCAGGUGGUACUCAAUUACUUCAUCCCACAGUACAUCAAGCGGAUACGUCUUCAGUGAUCGAUCCGUAAAUCUUGGUGAUGCGCGGGACAACAAAGUAUACUCCACCAGGCAGUGCACGGUACCUACAGGACAAGCCCAGUCCUGCACAGCACCAACCUUGGAAAGCCACGAGAGCCUCCUCCCGGCUGGUUGGCCAUGCUUUUCUCCGCAAACUGCUCGCUGUCGUGCAUGUUGGCUGGCGGGCUGGAACGCGGGGAGGGGAUCGUCGGCUCGUCGAUGAUGUGGGCUUCUCCGCAAUGUAAUAAUAAUAUCUCUUUAUCUGGUAACAUUCCAUGACGUCCCUUGAUAUUCUUCAUCACUAUUGAAAGCAUUUGUGGGACAUUCACCGCUGCAUCCUUGGGGCCCUACUGUGCGCCGAUGGGAGAGCCUGCCGGGGUUCUGCAAGCUCCUUGUUGCGAAAGACGUCAUGUGCCAGCGUG